AUGGCACAUGAAAUUCUGAAGAAAUUGCCCGAAGAUGUGAUUAUUUAUAUACUUUUCAGGCUUCCAGUAAAAUCACUCAUUCGAUUUAAGUGCAUCUCUAAAACUUGGUACAUUCUCAUUCAAUCCUCGACAUUCAUCAACCUCCACCUCAACUGCAGUAAAACUGCUAAAGAAGAAUUCAUUAUCUUCAAGCGCUCUUUACAAGUAGAUCCUUAUCAACAUAAAACUAUAUUGUCUUGUCUUUUUGGUGAUGAUCUUAACCCCGUUUCACCAGAUCUAGAUGUGCCAUAUUUGGAAUCCACUUUUGUUAACGAUUAUGACCAAUUUAUUGGACCUUGUCAUGGUUUAAUAGCUUUGGCUAAUAUGAUUAACACCAUAUUAUUUAAUCCAGCUACUAGAAAUUAUAGGUUGCUACCGCCUUGCCCUAGUGAUGCUCCACAAGGUUUUCGAUGUUCUGUUGAUGGUGUUGGGUUUGGAUUUGACUCGAUGGCAAAUGACUACAAGGUAGUUAGGAUUUCUAAAGUUUAUAAUGAUCCUCCUUAUAGGGACCCAUAUUCAAGAGAGCAAAAAGUUGAGGUAUAUGAUAUGAGCACUGAUUUCUGGAGAGAAUUAGAGAAUAUUGAUCAAGAUAUGCCUAGAAUUUAUUGGGCGCCUUGUUCUAUGGUAUUUUACAAGAGUGCUUGUUAUUGGCUUGCAAUUGGAUCGAAAGACAAAAUGAUAAUUCUCUAUUUUGAUAUGAGUACAGAGAUUUUUAACACUAUUAAUAUGCCUGAUACUUGCAAUUCCUACAAUGGACCACACUAUGGUUAGUGGUCUCUUUUAGUGGUCUUAAGAGACUCUAUAACAAUGCUUCGUUACCCUAAUUCAAAUCUGGAAUAUGAUCCAGCACAAGAUUUAAUGCAAAUCUGGAUAAUGAAAGAGUAUGGGUUGUAUGAUUCUUGGAUGAAGAUAUACACAAUUAGACCUCUUCUUAUUGAAUCUCCAUUACUAAUUUGGAAGGAUUAUCUGAUGCUUUGCGAAAGCAGAGAGGGUUCUUUAAUUUCCUAUGAUCUAAAGUUGGAUAAAAUCCAAGAAUUCAAUUUACAGGGUUGUCCGACAAGUUUGAGAGCACUAUGUUACAAAGAAAGCAUGAUACAGAUUCCAUGUGAAAGCAAGGAUAGUGCACAAGUUCAAUUUUUCUAG